AUGGUGCAACUCAUACUAUCUUUUCUGGCUAUCCAUACUACCACCGACUUAUUGACUAAGACUUUGGUGGAGCUCGCGCAGCACCCAGAGGUGAUGAACGAUCUUCGAGAGGAGAUAUCCAACCGCACUGGACUCGACGGCUUGACAAAGGCAUCACUUCAGGGCAUGAAACUGUUGGACAGUGUCAUUAUGGAAAGCCAACGCACCAAGCCAACCGGAAUCAUCUCGAUGCAACGCAUGGCCACCGAAAACAUCACGCUUUCAGACGGCACAUUUAUCCCCAGAAACAGCGGGGUGGCGGUCUCGACUCUCGAGAUGUGGGAUCCAAAAACUUAUGAGGAACCGCAAACGUGGGAUGCACAUCGAGGGAGUAGGAUGCGAGACGAUCCUGCCAGGAAACACGAGGCUCAGCUUGUCAGCACGUCUCCACGCCAUUUGGGAUUCGGUCACGGGAUACACGCACGUCCUGGCCGCUUCAUGGCUGCCAGUGAGAUCAAGAUCAUUAUGAUUGAAAUGCUGACGAGCUAUGACUGGCGACUUCCGACAGGGGCCAAGCCUCAAGUGUGA